CUUCUCAGCAAGAGAACAAGAUAUUCAGGCUCUGCUACAAUGAAUAACCUGUGUGCAACGUGGCUCCUGGGACUAUUUCUUUGCGUUUCUAUGUUAAUCACUGGGGCGAGCACUAGAAAGCAUCCCCACCGCCACCACCAGCACCCAUUCUGCUUCACUAAUGAUGAGCUGGAAGUAUCAUUUAAAGAUAUUGUUCACCAAGCUGCUGGAAAGAACAUGUACUGGGAUCAUUAUCAGGCUGUACACCUUGUGAAGACAUUGGAGGAAACUGAGAGCAGAAGGAAGAGGAAGCGCAGAGGAGAGCCAGAGAAUGGCUGCCCAAACCUGAAAGCCUCUACCCCAAGUGGAAAUGGACGAAGUGACCUUGGUCAGAGAUCUAUUUCACCGUGGUCAUACAGGAUUGAUUUUGAUGAAAACCGUUAUCCACAGAAGUUGGCGUUUGCUCAGUGCUUGUGCAAAGGGUGCAUUAAUGCCGAGACCGGCAAAGACGACGCAUCACUAAAUUCUGUGUCAGUGGAACAGACGAUGUUGGUCCUACGCAAGACAAGAUGUUCAGAAAAUUCUUCACGUUACAUGUUUGAGCUCGACUACAUAAAGGUCCCUGUGGCAUGCACCUGUGUCAUUCCUAGAAACUAGGGAGGACCCAGUAGGAAUAAAAACUCCUAUGGAGUCCAGUUUCCUACACUUUUAUACACCCCCUGUGUUGUGACUAUGUCACAAUAAGUUUGUUUGUUAUAAAACAUUUUUCAGUUUCUGAUCAGUUUGAGAUAUGAGGCUUAGUAUGGAUUCUGAGUGUAACUAUGGGGAAUAGAAUGUUUUAUAUUGUAUGAAGGAAAACUUAAGGGUCAUUUCAUUUUCUAAGGAAGGCUCUAACUGUACUGUAUAAAACCUAUUUGGACAAUGUCUAAAAGAUUUUAGGCUACUCUAUUAAUUUCACAAGUAAAUAUAACACAAUGCUUAGAGACAGAUGGUAUCUACUCUGAGCAAUGCAGACAACCUGCGGCCUUCCUCCUGCCGGAUCUGGCAUUUCUUCACCUCAUGAAUUGUUUCAAGGAGAGGAGGAUGACGCCAUGAUGGGCAUCAUCUAAACAAAAAGCUGCCAAUUACAUUUAAGAACAAAAGCCUCAUUUCAAAUCCAAAACUUUAUUCACUAACGCUAUGAUAUAGCGCUAUACUCGUAAAAUAAUAUUUAUUCCUAAAUAUAUUAAAAAAUGGUUGACUAUAGGCAAAGCCCUUUUUUUGUAAAAUAACAAAUUUGCCUUUUUUGUUAAUAUUGAGUAAAUU